AUGGCACCACAACACGGAAAAAAACUGAACACACACAUCAGUGUGGACACAUGGAGGUCCACCAUCAAACUGCUGAAGCAGAUGGUGCAGCAGUUGGAGGCCAGUGAUGUGGACUUUGAGGAGCUGAAGAGGAACCUGGAGUUUACUGCCUCAUUACUGCAUGCACUUCACACUGACAGAACACAGACUUCCUUCGAUGCUGAUGACGACCUGCAGCUUCGCUCUGAUGUUGUUCCUGUGGAGGUUCGUGAUUGGCUCGCAGCCACAUUCACUCAAAGAGUCCAGCCAAUCAGCCGGCAGCUGGAGGAAAAGCCAAGAUUCCGCAGCAUUGUUCGUGCAGUGCAGGCCGGAAUAUUCGUGGAAAGGAUGUUCCGGAAAGCAUACUCAGCCGCGAUCCCAGACCAACCUGCUGGCGUGCUCAACUUUUUAAGGGAUUUGGACAAGUGGAGUUUUGAUGUGUUUGCUCUGGAUGCUUGCAGUUCCGGCCACUCACUAAAAACGCUCUUCAUUGAGCUGAUCAUCAAACACCAACUGAACAGCAGAUUUAAGGUGCCAAUCUCUUGUUUAAUGUCAUUCCUGUUUGAGUUGGAACGCGGUUACAGCAAACACACAAAUGUGUAUCACAAUCACAUACACGCUGCUGACGUCACACACACACUGCACUGUCUACUGCUGCGCACUGGAGUACUGUACUGGUUGACAGAGUUGGAGGUGUUGGCCUGUCUGUUUGCAGCAGCAAUUCAUGAUUAUGAACACGCAGGAAACACCAACAACUUCCACAUACACACGCGUUCUGAAUUGGCAAUGAUCUAUAACGAUCGCUCGGUGCAGGAGAGUCACCACAUCAGUGCCGCAUUCCGCCUCCUGCAGGAUGAAAACACAAAUAUCUUCACGAACCUGACACGCCCUGAAUGGUUUGAGCUGCGGUCUCUGGUGAUAGAGAUGGUGUUGGGUACAGACAUGUCCUCUCAUGUUCUGCAGGUCAAAGCCAUGAGGACAUGUUUACAGGAAAAUGAGAGCAUUGAUAAACCGAAGGCGUUGUCUCUGAUUCUGCACGCGGCUGAUAUCAGUCAUCCUGCUAAAUCCUGGAGUUUACACUCACGCUGGACCUCCAGACUGAUGGAGGAGUUUUUCACACAGGGAGAUAAAGAAGCUGAACUGGGUUUGAUGAUCUCACCUCUGUGUGACAGACAGAACACACCUGUGGUUCAGUCUCAGAUCGCCUUUAUCGAGUUCAUCGUGGAGCCGACGUUUUCAUUAAUCAGUGACAUGUCAGAGAAAAUCGUCAUCCCUCUGAUCCAGGACACAACUGAUCCAUCACCAACCUGCAGCAGAUACCGAGGACUACAGUGGACUGUGGCGGACCUCAUUAGCUUUAGAUCCAUGUGGAUGAGACACACUGAAGAGAACAAGAGCAGGUGGAGAAACAAAAUGAAGAAUGAUGUGUUUGAUUUCAGAGAUGAGUCUGAAACACAGACAGAACAAGAAACUGCAUGAAAAGAGCAUUAAAUGAGUGCAGGAAGGAAGAUGAAGAAGAGGAGGAAGAUGAAGAGGUUGAUCUGUGACCUGAAUGUGGUACUGCAGCUGUAAUGCAGAAUUAAUUCUACACAUUUUUGAGUUUAUUAUUUUAAAUACACACCUCACUGUUUAAUCCACACUGUAUAUAAUUUAUAACACUGCCAUAAACACACACACACACAGGAUUAUGUUUCAACCAGGAUGUAAAGGUUCAUUAAUAAAAUAAAAUUAAGUCUGUUAUGUACGAAGCCGUUAAUGUG